UGCGCGCCUACGGGCUGCGGUGGCGGCCGCCGCGGCACCCGCCAGGGCCCGCCAGUCCCCGCUUCCCCGCUCCAGAGCCGCCGCCUGGGCCGGGGCAGGGCGGGCCCGGGGCUCCUCCAUGCUGCCAGCCGCGGGGCUGCGGAGCCGACCAAGUGGCUCCUGCGAUGGCGGCGGAAGAGGAGGCUGCGGCGGGAGGUAAAGUGUUGAGAGAGGAGAACCAGUGCAUUGCUCCUGUGGUUUCCAGCCGCGUGAGUCCAGGCACAAGACCAACAGCUGUGGGGUCUUUCAGCUCACACGUGACAGAGUUUCCACAAAAACGCAAAGGAAGUGAUUCAGACCCAUCCCAGUCAGGAAUCAUGACAGAAAAAGUGGUGGAAAAGCUUUCUCAGAAUCCCCUUACCUAUCUUCUUUCAACAAGGAUAGAAAUAUCAGCUUCCAGUGGCAGCAGAGUGGAAGAUGGUGAACACCAAGUUAGAAUGAAGGCCUUCAGAGAAGCUCAUAGCCAAACCGAAAAGCGGAGGAGAGAUAAAAUGAAUAACCUGAUUGAGGAACUGUCUGCAAUGAUCCCUCAGUGCAACCCCAUGGCGCGUAAACUGGACAAACUUACAGUUUUAAGAAUGGCUGUUCAACACUUGAGAUCUUUAAAAGGCUUGACAAAUUCUUAUGUGGGAAAUAAUUAUAGACCAUCAUUUCUUCAGGAUAAUGAGCUCAGACAUUUAAUCCUUAAGACUGCAGAAGGCUUCUUAUUUGUGGUUGGAUGUGAAAGAGGAAAAAUUCUCUUCGUUUCUAAGUCAGUCUCCAAAAUACUUAAUUACGAUCAGGCUAGUUUGACUGGACAAAGCUUAUUUGACUUCUUACAUCCAAAAGAUGUUGCCAAAGUAAAGGAACAACUUUCUUCUUUUGAUAUUUCACCAAGAGAAAAGCUAAUAGAUGCCAAAACUGGUUUGCAAGUUCACAGUAAUUUCCACACUGGAAGGACACGUGUGUAUUCUGGCUCAAGACGAUCUUUUUUCUGUCGGAUAAAGAGUUGUAAAAUCUCUGUCAAAGAAGAGCAUGGACGCUUACCCAACUCAAAGAAGAAAGAGCAUAGAAAAUUCUAUACUAUCCAUUGCACUGGUUACUUGAGAAGCUGGCCUCCAAGUAUUGUUGGAAUGGAAGAAGAAAGGAACAGUAAGAAAGACAACAGUAAUUUUACCUGCCUUGUGGCCAUUGGAAGAUUACAGCCAUAUAUUGUUCCACAGAACAGUGGAGAGAUUAAUGUGAAACCAACUGAAUUUAUAACCCGGUUUGCAGUGAACGGAAAAUUUGUCUAUGUAGAUCAAAGGGCAACAGCAAUUUUAGGAUAUCUGCCUCAGGAACUUUUGGGAACUUCUUGUUACGAAUAUUUUCAUCAAGAUGACCACAAUAAUUUGACUGACAAGCACAAAGCAGUUCUACAGAGUAAGGAGAAAAUACUUACAGAUUCCUACAAAUUCAGAGCAAAAGAUGGCUCUUUUGUGACUUUAAAAAGCCAAUGGUUUAGUUUCACAAAUCCUUGGACGAAAGAACUGGAAUAUAUUGUAUCUGUCAACACUUUAGUUUUGGGACAUAGUGAGCCUGGAGAAGCAUCAUUUUUUCCUUGUAGUUCUCAAUCAUCAGAAGAAUCCUCUAGACAAUCUUGUGUGAGUGUACCUGGAAUGUCUACUGGAACAGUACUUGGUGCUGGUAGUAUUGGAACAGAUAUUGCAAAUGAAAUUCUGGAUUUACAGAGGUUACAGUCUUCUUCAUACCUUGAUGAUUCGAAUCCAACAGAUUUAAUGAAAGAUACUCAUACUGUAAACUGCAGGAGUAUGUCAAAUAAGGAGUUGUUUCCACCAAGUCCUUCUGAAAUGGGGGAGCUAGAGGCUACCAGGCAAAACCGGAGUACUGUUGCUGUCCACAGCCAUGAGCCACUCCUCAGUGAUGGUGCACAGUUGGAUUUUGAUGCCCUAUGUGACAAUGAUGACACAGCCAUGGCUGCAUUUAUGAAUUACUUAGAAGCAGAGGGGGGCCUGGGAGACCCUGGGGACUUCAGUGACAUCCAGUGGACCCUCUAGCCUUUGAUUUUUAACUCCAAAAAUGAGAAACAUUUUAAAGCAUUUCAUUUACGAAAAACUGUCUCAACUAUUCUUAAGUACUGUAUUGAUAUUGUUUGUAUCUUUUAUUAAUGUUCUACCAAUUUUUAUAGAUUUGCAUCUUCCUGUCACAGGGAUGUGGGGAAAUAUGUUUUCCUCCCAAGAGAACCGAGUUUAUUAUAGACUCCUUUAUUCAGUGAAAUGGCUUAUAAUCCACUAGUUGCCAUAUUUUUGCUAAAAUAUUUCUAACCAAGAAUACUACCUACAUAUUGUUUUGGCUUUGUUUUAUUUUUGAUGCAGUUUUUUUUAGUUGAGGUAAUGUAAUAUAUUGAUAUUU